AUGAUCAGCAUGUCCGGUAACCUCGUCGGAAACCGAAAUAGCAGUCCAGAGGCUAAUAGCUCCUGCUCGCUUCGUCCGCCUCCAUCGCGAGCCAUCGGAACCGGGAGCUCGCUUCGAGCAUCCGCCGAUAUGGCUACCCUCCCUGGAUCAUCCGCAACCCGCAUCCGACCUUCUUCUGAUUUUUAUGGGCAACCUCAACAAGUACAUGGCCACAAUAAUAUGGAAAACGACUCGCAAGACAAAAUUGCACAACAAUGGAUUGCCGACAUCGACCAGUACGAGACAACUCUGGAGGAAAUGGCUGCGGCCACAUUGGAUAAAGAUUUCAAAGAUGAAUUGAGUGCCAUAGAGCAAUGGUUCCGGGUUCUGAGUGAAGCCGAGCGAACGGCCGCUUUGUAUGCUCUCUUGCAACAAACAACCCAAGUCCAAAUACGGUUUUUCAUUCAGGUUCUCCAACAAAUGGGUAAAAAUCACCCUUUGUCCGGGAUCCUGUCACCUGUAAAUUUUGAUAAAGAUCCCAUGUCGAAUCGGUUGAGCGAUGCUAUGAACAAGUUGAAUGUCGACUCCACGCGUAAAUCAUUUUCCCGACACUCUGCUGUAGUUUCAAACAAACGGAACUCAGGGCUGAACACUUCAACUAUUAAUGCCAUGUUUCCAGACGCAGCAGCGGCCAUUGCAACCGAAAAAGCAAAAUUUACGCAGCAGACUGGUAAUCCUCCCUCAUCGAAUCGUAACUCCGCGGCUAAUGACCCUCGCCUUCCUAUAUCUGGAACUCAGGAGUCUCACGAUAUGGGAGCAACGAGUUCGGCUUCUCUAUGGGGUAGCGCGACUGGCUCUGAUCAAGUCAACGUCAACCCGUCUACGGCGCAGACGCCGAUGGGUCAAUUUGUACAACCUGCUGCACCUGGAGGGAUUAGGUCUCCUCAACUUCAAGUGACUGGCAGCUCGGGUAUUCAAAGCACGGCCCUCACCGCACCUGAAAAGAAUCCCUCUGAUUUACCCCUUUUGUCUCCAUAUCAGUCGACAAGUGGUAGUUGGGCAUCCAUGGUCAACACGCCAAUGGCAGCAACGUUUAGCACGGGAAACAUAGGUGCCAACCAAGCUGAUAUGGUAGCCAAUGCUACGGCAAUGAAACUUGCGGCUCUUUCAACUGUCAAUAAUCGGUUUGCGCUCGAUGACGUUCGCAAAUACCGCCGCGCGAGAUCUAACGAUGCCCAGAGUAGUGGGCACGCACAAAUAUCACCUUCCGGCCAAUCAGUGACCGUAUCUGGCAAUAACGUGGUCAUGGUUAACGAGCAUGGACAUGUAUUAAGCCGAGAACAGGUUCUUGCCAUACAAGCGCAACAGAGUCUGGGUCUAGGCGGCCAGAGAUCCCGGCCUAACUCUCCAGGCAUUGCUAUUCAUAGCGGGCUGGGCCCAGCUUCCCAUUUCACCUCACCCCAACACAACGGGUUCUUAAGUGCUUAUGAUGGUUCCUCUGGGCUGUUAGGCGGCGGUAUACCGUCUGUGAAUCUAGGUCAAUUAGGCAUUAGUGGACACGAGGGGUAUUUGUCAGACCACUCCGAUAUAGUCCGUGGGCGCUCACCUAGAGGACGACGGGGUAGUUCUAAGCCUCCAGAGGACCCUACCGAUCCAACACUGCUUCAGGAUAUUCCAAGCUGGCUUCGCAGCCUACGACUGCAUAAAUAUACCGACAAUUUAAAGGAUAUGAAAUGGACGGACCUAAUUGAAUUAAAUGAUGAAGCUUUAGAACAGCGUGGAGUAAAUGCGCUUGGCGCACGAAGAAAAAUGCUAAAAAUUUUUGAACAAGUUCGAGAAGCCAGAGCAGAAGGCAAGGUAUAA